AUGGACGGAGACGGGUUCGAGGAGGCGGAGCUAGAUGCACUGGAACACGUCGUACGCCAUACAAGUGCAGAGCCAAUGAAGCUGUCGUUGCCGCUUCUCAAGCAGAUAACAAAUGAUUUCUCCGAUGAAUCUUUAAUUGGUGACGGUGGAUUUUCAAAGGUUUACCUGGGAGUGCUCCCAAGUGGGUUACGUAUUGCUGUCAAGAGGUUUAACAAUAAUCAUACGGAUGAAAGGAAUUUUCAAAAUGAAGUUUCUAUCACAAUGAUGGCCGUUCACAAGAACAUAGUGCGGCCCAUAGGCUAUUGUGCUGACACGCAAUGUCAAGCCAUGAAAUACAACGGAAAACUUGUUUUGGGAGAGGUCCGCGAAAGGUUGAUCUGUCUGGAGUAUGUGUCGAAUGGAACCCUUGAAGGACAUAUCGGUAAGUAUGGUGAAGUUGACUGGAACCAGCGUUAUCAAAUUCUAAAAGGAAUUUGUCAGGGUUUGCGUUAUCUUCAUGACGAAGUGCACGUUUUUCAUGGAGAUAUCAAACCAAGCAAUAUAUUAAUAGGGGAUAAUCUUGUGCCAAAAAUUUAUGACUUCGGUUUGUCCCGGUCCUUUGAAGGACAAACUUCAUGCAUUGCCGAAAACAUUCGCGGAACUCUAGGAUAUAUUGCACCCGAGACAUUUGAUGGUAUAUUGUCAUUUAAGGCUGACAUAUACAGUUUGGGAGUUGUGGUCACGGAGUUAUUGACCGGGAGCAGAGGGUACGCGGACAUUGAUGAUGAACUUGCAGAGUGGAAAAAUAGGUUGGUAAAAGAAGGAGGAUUUUCAUCAUGGGAAAACCAUUGCCACAAAGUUCUAACUUGCCUGGAAAUUAGCAAUGACUGCAAGGAUUUUAACCCAGAUAAAAGACCUACUAUUUUGGAGAUUAUCCAGCGGCUUGAUAAAGCUGAAAAUUCAAAUGGUCCACUUGUCCUAGACUGUUCUGCAGCGUCACUUUCGCAGUCAAGAGACGAGGAAUCCGAAUCAUCGGACACAGAAGCUUUUGAGACAGAGACAACAACCGAGUUUUUUCCAAGUGACGAGGAACCCGCUUCGACAGACACGACCGGAGAAACAAGCACAAUGGAGCCUGAUAAACCAGACCUAGUAAGUAAGUUGCCGGCGUUGGUGGAUCUGUCUGACCUAAAAGUCCUGGAGAAAAUCACAGAUGAAUUUUCACAUGAACGAAUAGUUGGGAAGGACGGUACGUUCAAAGGUUCACAUAAGGCAUUUGUUUAUAAGGGUGAUGUUCCACGUAGAGAAAUGGUAGCUGUGAAGAGGUUAAUCGGAGUGGAGAUUCCAGUUGAAAAGUUUAAAAGGGAAGCAGAACAAUUCAUUAGUCUGGAUCAUAAGAAUAUAGUAAAGGUCGCCGGCUACUGCCACGACCAAUCUAGAGGACAUAGACUGGUACAGUUCAAAGGAAUACCGCUACCACAACUGUUUAAUGGUGCCGAACAACUGCUCUGCUAUGAAUAUAUGCACAACGGAAGCCUUCGCAACUAUCUUAUUGGUCAAGGAUCUCGUGAAAUUGAUUGGAAAAUGCCCUACAAACUGAUCAAAGGGACUUGCGCAGGCUUACAUUACCUCCACAAGGGUCGUGCAAAUUGUCCAAUUGUUCAUUUGAAUUUAAGCCCGUCAAAUGUACUGCUGGAUGAGAACUACAUACCACACAUCACAGGUUUUGAUUUUUCAAAACUCAUUGGUGAAAAGAACACCAAAUCCGUGGUACUUAAGCUGAAUGGACCCAUAGCUUACCUGCCACCAGAUUUCUUCCACUCUAAGGGUACUAACCUCGAAUAUCUAGCUACGGUAGAUAUAUACAGCUUGGGCCUUAUGAUUCUAGAGAUCACAACACAGCAAGAGAUCAAAGGAAACCACGGAGUGCUUAUUAAGAGUAUAGAGGAAAACUGGAGGGAAGAGUCACAAAUAGCACAACAGUAUACCUCACUAGAAGCUGACGAACUGCGGCAAGUAAAAAUGUGCAUUGAUAUUGGCCUUGAGUGUGUCAAGACAAAACCUGAAAAGAGACCUACAGCUGGGGCCAUCAUGCUCUGGCUUGACAAAGGGAGCAAACCGGCCCCAGAUCCAAGAGCAGGUGCAGGAGGAGUGCCAAGACCUCCAGUCCUUAUGAAUAUCACCCAUGCAGGUCGCAUCCAAGAAAAGGAGAAGGAGGGAUUCCUGAAACGACACUUCGGAUGGAAGAAGUAA